CCCGAUUUGUUUUGUACGGCUGCGUGGGAGGGGAAUAAAUGAGAGUGGAUGAGAAAGCAAGCUAGAACUGCUCAGCGGGCCUGAGAGUGCACAGCGAUCACAGCGCAGACGUUGCGGUCGCUGCUGCAUCAGGUUGACAGAGGGACCCGAGCCGAGCAAGGGGAGGGGGGGUCGACAUGUCCAAGCUCCCAUACGUGCAGAAGGCCCUCAUGGUGCUGUUUUCAUUCCUGUUGACCCUGGGUUUGGGCUUGUGGCUCCCCGAGAUUCUGAGCGCAUUUGUUAAGCUGUUUGGUUUUAAGGAGGACAUGGUGACUCACAGUAUCGUGCUGAUGUACUUGCUGUUUGUGUUAUACUUGGCGAUGCCCUCCCUGCCUCGCGGGGGUUCGGUGAAGGUUAAGGACAAAGCUAUCUUGAUCACAGGGUGUGAUAAAGGAAUUGGAUUUGCUUUAGCAAAGCACCUACACACCAAAGGGUUUACUGUCUUUGCCGGCUGCCUCUUAAAGGAUAAGAACGGAGAAGGUGCUCAAACACUUGAGAAGAUGAAAUGUGAACGUAUGAAAGUUCUUCAAAUGAACAUAUGCACAGAUGAGGAGGUGCGACAGGCCGUCGAUUUUGUAAAGACCCAGUUGAAGGAACCUGAGAAGGGUCUCUGGGGUGUAGUGAACAAUGCCGGCAUUUCAACUUUUGGAGAGGUAGAAUUCACAAGUGUGGAACAUUACAAGGAAGUUGUAGAUGUCAACUUAUGGGGAACUGUGCGAGUAACUAAGGCCUUCCUGCCUCUCAUCCGGCGAGCAAAGGGUCGUGUUGUAAAUGUUGCCAGUAUGUUUGGACGCAUGGGCAAAGCAAGCCACUCUGCCUACUGUAUUUCAAAUUAUGGAGUGGAGGCGUUCACAGACUGUCUGCGCUAUGAACAACAGCGUUGGGGUGUUAAAGUCAGCAUUAUUGAGCUGGGAAACUAUAUAGCUGCCACAGGCAUCCUCACUCGUGAUCAUGUUGAAAGCAUAGCUGAUAGAAUGUGGAAUGAAGCUACCAAAAUUAUACAAGAGGAUUACGGGAAGGCUUACUUUGAUCGACAGACAAUGACAAUGAAAUCUUUCUGUAGCAGCAGUUCAAAAGACAUGUCUCUUAUUGUUGAUGCCAUCCAUGACGCACUAACUUCUGUAUAUCCAUACAACCGUUAUGAACCAAUGGAUGCCUAUUGGUGGAUUAGAUUGCACAUCUCGGCCCACUUACCUACUCCAAUAGCUUACUGGUUAUAUAAACAUUAACCAACUUGCCAAUGCAUUGCCAGAAUGAUCUCCUUCCAACACUUUGUGCCGUUUCCCUCGUGCUUCCUGCUCUUUUUUCAUUACCUAGUGCCACUAAGAACCACUGUAAUACAAGGACACUUAAUAGAAUUGCACUAAAUUAAUCAAUGUUCUAUUUUAUAGGUUUUAUAUAUACUUAGUUUAAUGUAAUUAUUUUUCAUGUGAACUCAUUAUGUGUUUAUUACAGGGUAACAGGUACUGAAGUACUGCUGUUUAUUUUAUAAUAUAAUAUAUAUGUGCAAUUCCAUUCCACAGUGGGAAAAAAUGUGCUUUGUUCUUCAGUAUUUUUACAUCCGUGUGAUACUAUUUGUUAAAUUUUUUAAAAGUCC